CUGCCAUACGCUGCCACCCAAUGACCCGGGGCUGCCCAACACUGCCGCCCGCUGCUUCCCUCUGCCGCCCCUGCAGCCGCUGCAGCUGCCGCUGCCACCGCCUCCUCCUGCUGCCUGCCUGCCACUCGCCCAGGCCUGCCUGCCACCGCCACCUGCCCCUGCCGCCUGCCUGCUGCCACUUCCUGCAGCCAUCGCCUGUCGCCACCUGCUGCUGCUGCCUACCCCCACCGCCGCCGCUGCCCACCGCCGCCUGCUGCUGCCACUUCCCACCGCGGCUGCCACAGCCACCUGCUCCCACUAGCCCGCCGCUGCCUGCCGCCUGCUUGCCGCCACUGCCUACACCCGCUGCCACCUCCGCCUGCCUGCCGCAGCCUGCCGCCUGCCACCAGCCACUGCCUGCCACCGCUGUCGCUUCCCACUGCCGCUACUGCCAACGCUGGCUGCCACCUGCCCACCCCCCGCUGCUGCCACCACCUGCCGCUGCCAACGCCACUUUCCUGUCGCCCUUCCUGCCACCUCUGCCGCUGCCGCUUCCUCCCCGCCUGCUGCCGCCUGCCUACCACAGCCAGCCAACACUGCCUACCCUUGCUGUCGCCGCCGCCUGCAGCCCGCUGCCUGCCACCGCAGCUGCCGCAGCCGCCUGCUCCCACCUGCUUGCCACCUGCCUGUUGCCGCUUCCUGCCGCUGCUGCCUGCUACUGCCUGCCUCCUGCCAGCUGCCUACCCCCGCUGCCGCCGCCGCUGCCAGCCACCACCUGUCCGCCGCCUGCCUGCCGCCAUUGCCUGCCAAUGAUGCCUGCCAAUGAUACCUGCCACCGCUGCCUGCCACCCACUGCUGCCGCCUGUUCCUAUUUCCGAGGCCGGCCUGUUGACACUUACCGCUGCCUGCCACUGACACCUGCGUCCCGCUGCCUGCCACCGCUUCCUGUUGCCCCUGCCUGCCGCCCCCACCUGCCGCCUUCCUGCCGCCCCCACCACCGCUGUCACCCUCUGACGUCACUGUCACGCUGCCGGAGGCCAAGAAAUAAGAACUUGAGCCAAAGAUUCAAAUCUGAAGCAAAUUAUUUCUGAAGACUUUUCCCCCUGGAGUAGCAGAAAAGCUCAACUCCCCAAGUGAAGUCUCAGGUUUUGGUGACUACUUAGGGUGUCACUGGAGAUCUGCCCUGCUUUUCCUGGAAAAGAGGACAUGGCCAAGGCACAGGUGACGCUGAGGACUUUGCUUUCUGUGCAGAGACAGGCAUCCAACGUCCUUGCAGUGCAGGCUGAGGGGACCUCACAGGGGAAUCCAAACCCACACCAACACCAACGGUCAAACUGGAAGAUGGGUCCGUGUAGAAUUACUAUGAGGUGUGAACCACCUUGGUACUCGGAGAACUUGAAGCCUUUUCCUUGGUUCAAGAUGAUGGUAGACUGGUUAUGACCCCAAGCUCCUGGAAGAGGCAAACUCCAAUGUCAAGUAAUCCUGAGAUACCUGGUAACGUAAGCAGUGUGCAAUACACCACGUAUUUAACCAUCCGGAGGUCAUUAGUGAUCUGGAAAAAACCUGUCAGCCCGAACACCACAGAGGACACCUCUUCAUUCUACUGCUCUGGGCAGUGAUACUGGAACGAUCCAAUUGCUGAAGUCUGGACAUCAUUCCAGGAGCGCUGGGAGGUGUCAGAUGGGCUGGACGACUUGGUGUCUCGGCCCAGCAGGUGGCGCUGUGGGACUGGGCCUGUGAGGACGGGCUUCUGGGUCCAGACCAGCUGGGGAACUGCUCUACUCACUCCUGCCCACUUGGCAGGGGGUGUCUUCACUGAAGUGUGGCUGCAGCACCUGUGUCCCCGAAGCUGCGUGGGGGCUCAGCUCUGACUCCCUCCCUCCUUCCUGCUUCAUCCUCCACCCCAUGGAGGCCUUGCCCAGGCUGGUGUUCAGACAGGGACAGACCCGCCCACACCUGGAGCGGUUCGCAUCAUGAAAACUAAUCACGUG